AUGCAGCAGUCCGCUCCGUCGCGCAAACGCCCCGCCCCAGGCGCGGAGCCUCUCAUGCAGCAGCCGCAAUAUCAACAAUACCAGCAGAUACCGGACAACCCGGACUUCUCCAACUUCGAUUUCAACACGUUUCCUACAGACCAAACGUACGCCGAUCCUUCUCUUACCGAUGCCAACAACUUCUCCUUCAACACCUCCCAACCGCCGACAUAUGGUAGCAACAUUGCGCCGGCACCUUCAACCGAUCUUGUGAGACGCGCGAGGAAUCAGCAGCUUGCGCCGCAGCCUGGAUAUCAAGAGCAGUGGAAUGGUGGGAUGGGGGCCAACAGUACGAACCCAGAGGACGAUGACUUGGAGGAGUUGAAAAGAAGAGCAGAGAUUGCAAAGAAUGAGGCGCGCGGGAAGAGAAAACAAAUCCCGCCGUUUGUGCAGAAGUUGAGCAGCUUUCUCGAUCACGCCAACACGGAUCUCAUUCGGUGGUCGGACGACGGCAAAUCAUUCAUCGUGCUGGACGAAGACGAAUUCGCUCGAAAAUUGAUCCCCGAACUCUUCAAACAUAACAACUACGCAUCAUUCGUUCGCCAGCUGAACAUGUACGGCUUCCACAAGACAGUCAACAUCACAGACGGUUCGCUUCGACAGUCAGAAAAGGCUCGCAAAGGCGUGAAGCCACCCAGCAUGUACUCUCACCCAUACUUUCGCCGAGGCCAGCCAGAUCUGCUUUGGCUUAUCCAGAAGCCGUCGAGCAAGUCAAGCGCGAAGAGGAAGAGGGACGGAAACAUCAAAGACGGGUUUGACAGUGACGAUGAGAGGCAGUUUUCGCCCGGUCCAGACGGCCGACCUCAUGAGUUGGGCAUGACUGGUGGACAUGGUGGUGAUGUUACUCAGAUGCCGCGAGGUGAGCUUGCAUCUGUGAAACAGGAGCUUAAGAAGCUUCAGCAACAACAGAACAUCAUCUCGCGGAUGAUUGGGCAGCUGAAAGAGCAGAAUGACCAGUUCUACAGACAAGCAACUGCAUUCCAGGCUCUGCACGACCGCCACGAGAACUCCAUCAACGCCAUCUUGACUUUCCUGGCGACAUUCUACAAUCGCAGCUUGGAUGGACAUUCUGGUCAAAAUCUGGUCAACAUGUUCAACAACCAAGGAGGUCAGAACAACCAGCAGCAGAGUGGUGUGGUUGAAGAGUACAACGACAACGGGGCAGAGAAUAGUCAGCAGGUGCAGAAGUAUGUCAAGCGACCACAGCUGCUCUUGACAGAUUCUGCUUCACAAGCAGCUGGCAAUGUCACGACACAACCAAAUUCAGCACGGGCAUCGGUCACCCCGCCAGAGGAUGCCUCCACUCCCAACCUCAAGCGUGAUAGCACAUCAAGUGCGCCGCCCCAACGUCCAGCAAGUGUUACUGCUGGGAGAAAUACCGCCAGUCCAGUGGUGAAGACGGAUGCACAGACUCCCGAUGUUCUGCACCAAGUGCCCGAGAACGACCAGAUACUGAGCCUCAUCAACAACGUCAACGCCACUACUGCCCCGUCAGACAGUUCAGCACCGGCUUACGACUUCUCUGCCGCCCUGAACCAUUACCAGAACGCCAAUGGAAACGCACCGCUGACAGCGAAUCAGAGAGACGACAUGCUUCAGAUGAUCGCCAACCAUCAAGGCGCUGAUGCAUCCAACAACAACAACGCCUUGACGAUGCCUAACAUGCCACCGACGGGCUUCAACCUCGACGAAUUCGAGCGUCGUAACAAGGAGAUUGAGAAUCUCCAGGAUUUCCAAAAGCGUCACGACGAAGCCAUCAAUCGAGUUGAGAAGCGACUUGGUCAGUUCUCUCCUUCAGGAUCCAUCUCGGGUGCAUCUGGUUUGUACAACGGCGGUUCUGGCUUUGACGGCAACUUCACCAUACCCGAAGACCUCAACUUCCAAGAUUAUCUCAACGACGACACGGACUUGCGGUAUGCUGAUGACAACCCGGAUAUGUUUUCGUACAAUUUGGACGGUACCGGCGGGGUAGACACUACUGGACAGGAUAUGUUCGGUACGACAGACGGAGCGACGACGAACGAGUACCUGGCGCCAGAUACUGGAGCUGGAACAGUGGAGAGCUUGAGCAGUGAGGCGACCAGUCCAGCAGCCACUGGUCAGGUGGAAGGAGAAUUGGACGGAGGAGAGCAAGAGCCUGGCACGCCCAACAAGAGACAGCGGAGGUCGUAG